ACAGCUCCCAGCAUGCCGCGCAACGGCGCCCCGCUCCGCCCUACAGGUGGAACCUUCCCGCCUUGCCGUGGCGCGGGCCGGUCCAUUGGGUCCAGGGGGGGCUCCGGCGGUCAGGCAGCGUUGCAUGCUGGGACAUGUAGUCCUGCGAGCGGAGAGAGGAAAGCGCCUUUGCAUCGCAAACGUGUCUGCCUGGAGCUCUGCGGGCCGGAGCCCAGCGGCUGGCGGCCGGGUGCAAAGGGGAUCGGCUCGGUGUCCGGUCGGCGCGGCUGACUGGACACCAAAAGUCCGGUCACCGCGGUAAGUGCCAUCUGGCCGGCAGAGCAGCUGCUGCUGGAGGAGCACCUGGCACGGGCUCCCGCGGACCGUGCGCCACCACAAGCAGCGGGGAGCAACUGCCACACACACUCAACACUCUUUUAUCUGGUGGCUGAACUGUGCUGCAGCCAGACUAGCACGAGGGUGAAAUGGCGGAACCCGAAAAGAAAAAGAGUCGAAGGCUCUGCUCUUUUAAAGAUGAGUGGCUACAACUCCCAGAGUAUCGGAACUGGCUUACAAAGGCAAGUGAAGACUCGGGAUAUUGUUCUAUUUGUCGUGUUCAAUUCACGGUUAAGUUUGAUUCUGUAAAAGCUAUUAAGCAUCAUGCAGAGACAAAAGGUCACAGAAUCAAAGUACAAGGACAGGUAUGGUCCAGUACUAGCAAUAAAUUCUCCAUAAAGACUGAUAAUGCCGAAGAACAAUACAUAUGCACGGCUGAAUUGCUUUUAACAUAUCACGGAAUUAAACACCACCACAGCUACCGUUCUCAAGACUGUGGAAAUAAACUGUACCACUCCAUUUUCCCUGAUUCCAAGAUAGCUUCCAAAAUUCACUGUGGAAUGACAAAAGCAGAAGCUCUGAUUGAGAAUGUAUUAGCACCCCAUUCGUUGAAACUGGCUGUGCAAGACAUUGGAUCAACACCUUUCUCAAUGGCGACAGAUGUGUCUAAUAAAGGGAACACUAUAUUAUUCCCAGUUGCCGUCCGCUAUUUUAAUAAAGAUAAGGGACUCUGCAUGUCUAUCAUAGACUUUUUCGAGGAUGCAGACGAAACAUCAGAGGCAAUCGCAAACAACUUAAGAAGUUGUCUUCAAAAUUCCGGUCUGAUACAGAAUAAAAUUGUGGCAUAUGGAGCAGUCAAUUUUGGAGAAAACAAGUCUGUUUUUCUGCACCUAAAACAAAUGUUGGAUUUACCAAACCUUGUGCCAGGGUAUUGCAGUGCUCACAUAGUACACAAUACAGCGAAACAUGGCUUGAAUAUGCUCUCUUACGAUGUAGAAUAUUUGGUCAUCAAGGUCUUCAGUGAAUUCUCAUCCAGUGCAAAGAAUAUCAGUGAACUUAAAGAAUUCUUUGACUUCAUGGAGACAGAAUAUUUAGAAAUCUUACACCAGGUACCUAAACGUUUUCUGACCCUUUUCACUGCCGUAGACAGGUUACUGAAGGAUUGGCCUGCACUCAAAUCUUACUUUGUGAACAAAGGAGAGGAAGAUGUGAGCCGCGCAAUAUGGGCCUUUCUUGCUGAGCAAGAGGACAAAGUUUCUGAUGAUGAAACUAUUACACUUCCCGAACUGUACAUCUACUUUGUGCACAACAUUAUGAGCCAAUUUAACAACACCAUAAAGGUUCUUGAAAGUGAUUACAUUCAGGUAACCGAAUUGUAUGCUACAUUCAACAAGCUGAGAAGAGAGAUUCAGAAUCGACAAGAGAAAGGCUUCUAUGGGUACAAAGUGACACAGUUCCUGAAGAAGCUACCACUUAAUAAGCAGAAUAAAUUUGUUGGCGAUGCCCAACGGGCUUACACACGCAUGCUACAGUACCUGGAAAAGUGGUUUGAUUUCAGCGAAAACUCUUUCUAUAAGUUGUGUGCACCGCUCAAUCUGGACGAACCUCUUCAGCUAGACAAACUGUGUGCGUUGUCUACAAACUUGAACAUUCAAGUGAACAUAGAUGAAUUAUUUACAGAAAUGUGCGUAUUGAAUGAUGUGCUACCAAUCCUAAAGAGUUCAAUAAAUGAUGCUGAAUCGACACAGUGCCAGGAGCAACAAGACCGUCACCAUCAAAUCAAUGUCUCUGAGGUCUGGGUAGAACUCUUUAAGUGCUGUGAGGCCCCAAACUUGCUUAGAAUCGUGCAGCACGUGUUUGCUGUUCCACCCAGCAAUGCAUUUGUGGAACGCGUUUUCAGUGUUAUGAAGAACUUGUGGGCUGAUGAAAGGAAUCGGCUCCAAGUGGACAUGGUGAAAGCUGAGCUAUUCGUGCACUUCAAUUAUAAAAUGACAUGUGCCGAGUUUGCUGGAUUUUUGCAGACAGGAGUAGCUAAGGAGCUUGUGGCAGCAGCAACAAAUGAUCAGAAGUUUCAGUUGCCACUCACACCACCCUCUCUGGUCUAGACUACACGCUGGUAGAAUACAAUAGCAUUAGAGUAAUAUUUUCUUAUUCUAAAAAAAGUUAAAACAUUAAGUACACUAUAUGGAGUUAGAAUAUGAACUAGUAUGUAUAUUUGAGGUUGCUUUAACUUCAUUACUUGCGGGCCAGGCAGACUCUGAGCUGGCCUACAACACAGGUGACUUUAAGCCCUGUCGCUGUCCUGUUCGUGCCUCAAGUGGAGAAAUAAAUGCACAGAGAAUUGAGGCCUGUAUGUUUGCAUUGUUCUACAUAAAUAUAAAUACCUUUACAAUGAAAGUUCUUUGUGGCUGUGCUAGGGAGUUUCUUGCCCUGUUCUUGUUAUAUUUUUGUUUUACUUCUGAGGAAUAAAGAUGAUGCAAAGUUUGUAUGAAAUGAUUAUGCAGUAUCUGGUGACAUGUCCAAAAAUGUAAAACUUUGCACCUAAUUGUAUAUUAAAGCGCACACAAAAAAACGCAUCUGGUUUUCAGAGGUUUGGUGGGUGCUCAGCCCCACUGAAGCCUACUUAGUUUAUUAAGCUGUUCAAAUUGAGAUGCCUAAUUUUAGGCAGUGAGGUUUGAAAGGUUUUACCUAGAUCUUUCAGGCUUGAUAAGUGAUUAGGUUUCAAUGUACCUUUAUCAAUUCUGUUCUUUUUUAUUAUGCCUGGAACCAGUGUAAUUAAAUUAAACCAGUGUACCUUGGGUUUAUGCAAAUACUAGGGCACAGAUCCGAUGAAAUCAAACAACAGCAUCUCACCAUCAUGUUGUACUUUCCUCCCUAUCGGGAGUGAUGGAAUUGGAUCCAGUCCUGCCGUGUGUGUGUUAUCAAUCAGCCAGUGGGAUUGAGGGAUUCUUCACUCUUCAUGGCACUGGGCCCAGCUUGAACUGUUCCAAUUUUUGUGUUCAUUUCCUGUUUAGAAUAUCAGUACUUUAGGCAUCCCCAAGAGGGCAGGGAUCGAGGUAGCCUAGCCACUUUUGUAAUGGACGUUGUUCCACAUGUCUUUGAAACAGCAGCAGAUUUGGGAUUUUUUGCUGCUUAAAGUCAUAAUGUGAUUCAUAAGCCUGCAUGAAGAUGUUCGUUUUGAAAGGAUUGAAUGAUAAAACAAUUUUCGUGGGCAAGGGUGUUGUUCCCCUGUAGUAUCUGAGCUCUUUGUGAAUAAUAAUGAGCUUAUCUUCACCAAACUCCUGUGAAAUAGGGAAGUAUCAUUGACUUGAUUUCCGCUUUACAGAUGAGGAGCUGAGGCACAAACAGGUAAGUUGCCUGACCUUGAUCACACAGGAAUUACAUGGCAGAGUUGUGAAAUGAGCCUGAUGAUCCUUAGUUCCAGUCCAGUGCCCUAACUGCAAGAGCAUCCAUGUUACUGUUAAGUGAUGCUGAUUGUACUAGCACCUAACAGCCAAUGUUCCCUCUAAUUUUUUACAUCCAGGUGCAGAAUGAAUUUUGUUAUGUGCACCAAUAUGGAGGUGAUCUGUGGGAAGGGGUGGGGCCAAGGGGUUCAGCAUGUGGGAGGGGGCUCAGAGCUGGGGCAGAGGUUUGGGGUGAAGGCUCUGGGGUGGGGCCAGGGUUCAGGGUGUCCUAGCUCCACAAUUAAAGAAAUUUACUAACUUUUAUAUGCAUCUGUCAGUGGGCAGUUUCACUUUAAUUAGCAUUGGGAUUCACCUUUUGGAUUUUACCUUUUGUGAACAAAGACCUCGUAUCUCUUGUCUACUGAUCCGUUGUUGCUUUGAAGAAUUUAUCAUGAUCAUUCUGGCUGCACACUUAAAUGUAACACCCCAGCAAUUAGCAGUGUUUGACAACACAGUGUGGGUACUUUCUUAUGAAGAUUGUAACCUGAAUUUUGGUUUCACACCAGGCUUUGCACACUAAGCUCUACUUUAAUUGGAUUGUUUUCAGUUUAGCACUCUGUAUGGGUUUAAAAUGUGUGGUGUCACUUCAUGGGUUUUUGUUAUUUGACAAAAUUUGUUAAAUUUAUUUGAGUUGGAUUGGACGAUUUAGCAUGCUAUGGGGAAUUUUACGUUUUUCUUUAUAGGAGAGACAUUAAAGCUUAAUUAUUUUUUUAAGUGUUCUUUUAGAGCAGAGAUUUAAAGUAAGACUCA